GGAGGAGGAGGAGGAGGAGGAGGAGGAGGAGGAAGGGGCAGCAGGAGCUGGGUGAGUUUUGGGGGGAUUUUUUUAAUUUUUUUUUUUUUAUUUUAUUUUUUUUUAACAAUCCCUUGAGUUCCCAACGUGGGGGUGGCACCAUCUGAGCUGCUAAAUUCCAAUUUUUUAUUUUUUUUUUUUUAAAAAAAAUAAGAAGAAUCUGCUGCUCUGCUGAGGUCAAAUCGUGGAGGAGAUUCCUGAGUGAGGUUUUUGGGAAUUUUUUGGGGGGGAUUUUUUUUGUUUUUUUUUUUUUUGGGUGGGGGGUGGUUGGGAUUUUUUUUUGGGGGGAUGAAAUCCACUCCUUGAGAGUCCAAAUACCAGGGAUUUGUGAGUGUUGGAUUUUAUUUUUAUUUUUUUUUUUUUUUAAUGGAAUCACAGAGAGAGGCCUUAAAGCUUCUGUGUUUCCCAAGAUUUGGGAUUUGUUAUUCUGGGAAUCUUCCCUCAGUGAUCCCGGGAUGCAUUUCAGAAUCCCAAAAUGAUUUAGGAUCAAAAAAACAAAAAAAACAAAAAAAAAAAUGAAUUAUUUGGGGACAGCCUUAAAUCUCACCCCGUUCCCCAUGGGCAGGGAUUCCUUCCCUUAUCCCAAAUUUCUCCUGGGACACUUCCAGGGAUGGAACAGAGGAGAUUUUUCCCUUAAAAAAAAUAUAAAUAAAUAAAUAAAGAAAUAAAAAUAAUAAAAAAAAAUUAAAAUCACUUUUGCUGAAUGGUUGGAGAUGGUUUUGGGGGGGGGGGGGUGAUGACACCUCACAGGAUUUUUUUGGGAAAAUUCUUCCCCUCAAGCCCUGAACUCCAUGGAAAAAUGUGAGCCCCACAAAUAAAAAUCAACAAAGGAAUCCACCCCUGAAAUGCUGGAAGAGCCCAAAUCCGAGCUGAGCACGGGAUAUAAAAGGAGAAAUCUGAUUUUACAGGGAAUUCUAAAUCUCCCAAACGAGCCCCUCUUACCUCAGCAGCACCAGGAACAGGGGAAAAACCAAUUUUAUUUUUUAUUUUUUUUUUUUUUUAUUUUUUUUUGGGGAAAUGCUGCAGCAGGGAGUUCCUAAAAAUUCCUGAAAAUUGCAUCGUGCCAGGAGGGAGAUGAUAAAAUACCUGGAUCCAUCUUCAUUUCCAGUGGAAUUGGGAUAUCGAUUUCUGUGACUGUGCAGCAAUUUUUUAUUUAUUUUUUUUUUCCCCCCCAUUUUUCUCCUAACAGGCACCAGCUUUUACAUCCGGGAGGGGGGAAAAAAAAAAAAAAAAAAGAUUUGCUAGAGGUCAUCUCUUAGGAUAUGAAGUUUAUUCCCAAAUGGAAUAACCCAGCUUUGUGGGAAGGAUGGGAUGUUGUGGCAGCAUGGGAUAAAAAAAAAAAAAAGUGAAUUUAUUGGAAUAACUGGGAAGGUUUGACAAAAAUUCCCUGGAUCAGGCACCUCCCAUCCCUCCUUCCCUCCUUCUCCAGGUCAAUUUUAAAGCCUGGAAUUUUCCAAAGCUCGUUUGAAAUCCCAAAAAAAAAAAAAAAAAAAAAAAAAACAACAACAAAAAGAAAAAAAAGAUUUGCUAGAGGUCAUCUCUUAGGAUAUGAAGUUUAUUCCCAAAUGGAAUAACCCAGCUUUGUGGGAAGGAUGGGAUGUUGUGGCAGCACGGGAUUAAAAAAAAAAAAUAAAAUAAAAAAAGUGAAUUUAUUGGAAUAACUGAGAGGGUUUUGACAAAAAUUCCCUGGAUCAGGCACCUCCCAUCCCUCCUUCCCUCCUUCUCCAGGUCAAUUUUAAAGCCUGGAAUUUUCCAAAGCUCGUUUGAAAUCCCAAAAAAAAAAAAAAAAAAAUAACAACAACAAAAAGAAAAAAAAGAUUUGCUAGAGGUCAUCUCUUAGGAUAUGAAGUUUAUUCCCAAAUGGAAUAACCCAGCUUUGUGGGAAGGAUGGGAUGUUGUGGCAGCAUGGGAUAAAAAAAAAAAAGUGAAUUUAUUGGAAUAACUGGGAAGGUUUGACAAAAAUUCCCUGGAUCAGGCACCUCCCAUCCCUCCUUCCCUCCUUCUCCAGGUCAAUUUUAAAGCCUGGAAUCUUCCAAAGCUCGUUUGAAAUCCCCAAAAAAAAAAAAAAAUAACAACCAAAAAAAAAAAACCCCAACCCCUCAGCGUGUGAGAUGCUCUAAUUAGCCAGACAUUCUAAUUUUUGAUGCAGGGAUUUGGGAGAUUCCUCAGAGAUUCCUGCAGAACCUUCCAGAUUCCUGCUGGAAUUCUGCUCCCGAGUGCCAGGGAUGUUUUAUUUUUCCUCUUCCCUGUUUUUCCCCUAAAGGGUUCAUCCACAUGUUGUGAUUUGUAGGAUUUGGGGAUUUAAAAAGCACAGAAAAGCCCUUGGUUGUUCUUGGCUGUGUUCACAUCAUCUCCUCUCUGGAAGUGUUUCCCAACAAAAUGCAGGUUUUGUCAGGAGGAAUUGGGCUCUGGGAACAUCCUUGGCAAUUCCCACCUUCCCUGAGAGGGAACAACUUCAGGCUCCAGAGCAGCCCUGGGGAGUGAAACCUCAGCCCUGGAGCUGCAAUUUGUCCUUACUGGGGACAGAAUCCCAGGAAAACUUCCCCAGCUGCAAUUCCAGAGGUAUCCCCAGCAGCUUUUCCUGGAAAAAAAAAAAAAAAAACAACUUCAUUUUUCCCUCAUCCCCUGCCCCGUUCCUUCCCCCUGCUUUCCAUUUUCUGUUUGGAUUGUUUUCAAUAAAGCGAGUGGCUCUGAGGGGUUUUUUUUUUUGUUUUGUUUUCUUUUUGUUUUGUUUUGGGUUUUUGGUUUUUUUUUUUCCCCUAUGGAAUCAUGGAUUCAGGGAAUGCUUUGGGGUGGGAGGGACCUUAAAUCUGCUCCAGUCCCAAUCCAGGGCCACCUUCCACCAUCCCAGAUUGCUCCAACGCUCCAGGAACACUUCAGGGAUGGGAAUUUCACAACUUUCCUGGGAUUUUUUUUUUUUCCCCCUCUCUCUCUCUCUCAGCCUCACUGAAAACACAAUGGUUUUUGAUCUUUUACCUCAAUGCAUCCUUCCAAAAUUCCAUCGUGGAAAAGCCGAGUUUGGAGAGCACAGCUGGAUUCCCUGUCCAGAUUUAUAAAACAAAUCUGAAUUAUUCUUUAUGAGAACAUCUGCCACGAGCAGAGCCAAGAAAAACAGCUGGAAAUGUGCUUUAUUAUUAUUAUUAUUAUUAUUAUUAUUAUUAUUAUUAUUAUUAUUAUUUUUACUUCCUUAACCCCUCCUGCUGCUCUCCCAAAGGAAACUCGGGAUCAGGGUGAUUCCAGCAGCCUGGAGGAAGGAGGGAGGAGAGCAGGGAAUGCUCCAGCAGGGGAGGAAAAAUGGGAAUUUCUGCAUGGAUCAACCUCCAGCACCUGGGAUGAGACGUGAGCAGCGAGGGGGAGGAAUUCUGCAGCUCGGGCAGUGCCCAGGGAUGCUCCCAUUUGGGAUGGAAAUGUUAUUUUAUUCCUUUUUUUUUUAUUAUUUUUUCCCCUCCUCCCGGUGUGAGCACGGAGCCGUGCUGCUCACUCCAGCCUUCCCCUAUGUUUUUCAUGGCAAUGUUUUUCCACGCUCCUUUUUUCCUCUUUUUGCCAAGAAGGAUGAAUUCCAGAGCUGCUUGGAGGAUCAGUUCAAACACUGUUUGCUAUGAUUGGAAAAUGGGAAUCAUCUGCCAGGAUUUUUUGGGAGUGUUGGAGAACACCAGAGCUUCCCUUGGAUCCCGGGAACUCCCUUGGAUCUCCAGCUGGAAAACUGAAAUUUAAACUGUUUUACCACUGAAUUUGGAACUAGGCACGACCAAAAAAAAAAAGUUCGUCCAUCACUUUCCAGAUAGAUUUAUUUUUUUAGCCUGACCGUGUUUUUUAGGGAUAUCCUGGUACCUUUAGAGGAUUCUCUUAAAUAUCAGGUGUCUGGCCACCCCUGACUUUUGAUGGUUUUGCACAAUUCCAGAAUCAAUUUAGGUUGGAAAAGCCCUCCGAGAUGUGUGACCCAUCCCCAGCAUUCAUUCCUUGGACACCUCCGGGGACGGCCACUCCAAACCUCCCUGCGACGACCAAAAAGAACCCCAAAAAAAAAAAAAAAAAAAAAAAAAAACCAGAAAAGAAGCAAAGUUUAAAUCCAUUCACUCCAGGGCCACUUUAUCCUCCAGCCCAGGCAGGGCUGGCUCUGAUCUUUGUGUAACCAUCUGUGCUGAAGCAUCAACCCCUACAUAAAACCGAGCAAACAACAAUAAAACAAAUAAAACCUGGGAAUAAACAAACGCCAGCGAAACCGCGGCAGGUGAAUCGCACCUCGGAGGAGCCUGGAGCCGCGCACACACCGGGGAUUAUUCGCUCCCUUCAACAACAACCCACCGAGCCACGCCGGCUGCCGUCCUUUCCCCCGUUCGCACGGGAGGCGACACCGGGAGGCGACACCGGGAGGUGACACCGGGAGGUGACACCGGGAGUGGUGAGGGCCCAGCCCAGCCUGCAGUGAGCAGCCAGGAAUCCCCCAGAGUGCCAGGAAUGGCCGGGGGACGCCGGGGUCCCAACAGAACUUCCUACUGCAGGAACCCCCUGUGUGAGCCCGGAGCCACCGGAGCCUCCGGGCACUCCUCGGGCUCCUCGGUCACAGGCGUGCGCUCCCGGACCAGGAGUGGCUCAGGGACAGGCCUGUCCAGCCCCCCUCUGGCAGCUCAGACAGUCGUUCCCCUGAGGCACUGCAAGAUCCCCGAGCUGCCCGUGGAGAGGAGCGUCCUGUUCGAGCUGCAGCUCUUCUUCUGCCACCUCGUCGCCCUCUUCGUGCACUACAUCAACAUCUACAAGACAGUGUGGUGGUACCCACCCUCCCACCCUCCUUCUCACACCUCCCUGGAUUGUUCCUGGCACUCCUGUUUUUGGGCUCUGGCUGCCUGCUUGGCAUUGUCUUGGAAGAGAGAAGAGAAUAAUUCGGGGGACUUUCUGUGCUCAGUGUGGUUUCCUGCCGCUGAUGGAAACAGAAUAAUUUUGGUUUUGUCCCCACAGAACUUCCACCUCAUCGACUUCAACGUGCUAACAGUGACAACCAUCGUCCUGGCACGGCGCCUCAUCGGUGCUGUGGUCAAGGAGGCUUCCCAGAGUGGCAAAGUGUCCCUGCCACGUUCCAUCUUCCUGGUGCUCACUCGUUUCGCCGUGCUCACGGGCACGGGCUGGAGUUUGUGUCGCUCCAUCAUCCACCUCUUCAGGACCUACUCAUUCCUCAACCUCCUGUUCCUCUGCUACCCGUUCGGGAUGUACAUCCCCUUCCUCCAGCUGAACUGUGACUUCAGGAAAGCAGGGCUCUUCACCCAGGUGACCAACAUCGGCCCCAGGGACACGGGGGAGGUGACAGCCCGGGGCAGGGACUACCUGACAGUGCUGAAGGAGACCUGGAAGCAGCACACGAGGCAGAUGUACGGCAUGGAGACCAUGCCCAGCCACGCCUGCUGCCUGUCCCCGGACCUCAUCCGCAGCGAGGUGGAAUUCCUGAAGAUGGAUUUCAACUGGCGCAUGAAGGAGGUGCUGGUGAGCUCCAUGCUCAGUGCCUACUACGUGGCCUUCGUGCCUGUGUGGUUUGUCAAGAACACUCAGUACUACGACAAACGCUGGUCCUGUGAGCUCUUCCUGCUGGUUUCCAUCAGCACCUCGGUGAUCCUCAUGCAGUACCUGCUCCCUGCACGCUACUGUGACCUGCUGCACAAGGCUGCAGCACACCUGGGCUGCUGGCAGAAGGUGGAUCCAGCCCUCUGCUCCAACGUGCUGCAGCAUCAGUGGACUGAGGAGUGCAUGUGGCCUCAGGGGGUGCUGGUGAAGCACAGCAAGAACGUCUACAAGGCCGUGGGCCACUACAACGUGGCCGUGCCCUCGGACGUCUCACACUUCCGAUUCCACUUCUUUUUCAGCAAACCACUGCGAAUCCUCAACAUCCUGAUCCUGCUGGAAGGGGCUGUCAUCUUCUACCAGCUCUACUCACUGAUUUCCUCAGAGAAGUGGCACCAGACCAUCUCUCUGGCUCUGAUCCUCUUCAGCAACUACUACGCCUUCUUCAAGCUGCUGCGGGACCGCCUGGUGCUGGGCAAAGCCUACUCCUAUGCAGCCAGCAGGGACUCAGAGCAGAAGUUAAAUUAAAACAAUUUGCACUGAUGCUCUCAGCCUAUUACAGAACAAACAAAAACGAGAAACCCUCAGAGCUUUGUAUUUUUGUUACUGCUUUUUUUUUGUUGUUGUCGUUUUCUUUGAUAACUGAUGUAAUUAAAAGGAAAAAGAAAAAAAAAGAAACAUAUUUUUUUACUCC